AUGACACAGGGGAAAGAAAAGAGCAAAACUACAACAAAAAACGAUGAACCGGGAAACGAGAAAACGUGUGGAAACGCAGAGCUGUCGCAGACAGCGCAGGAAAAAGAAAAGAGAAAGUCUGCGAGCUGCUCCGCUGGUUUAAAGGUGAACUCAGCGGAUGUGGACCAAAGCGACCUGCGAGGCCAUCAUGUCAGCCAGGAUCAGCCCGACAGUGACGACAUUUACGAGCUCCCCACACUUGUUAGCUUAAUUGUUCAGAGAUAUGAAGGGGAACUGUGUGAAGGCCAGUUUCAUGGAGAAGGGGUCGCUUGUUUUGAAGGAGGCCAUAUUUACAAGGGGAUGUUUUCCAAGGGACUUAUGGAUGGACAUGGUGUCUUCAUCCAGGCAGGCGGACUGAAAUAUGAGGGAGAAUUUGUGUGCAACAUGCCCAUGGGCCGGGGCACCUACACCUGGCCAGAUGGCAGCUUCUAUACAGGGGAGGUGUAUAAUGGCAUACGACAUGGGACUGGAACCUACAAAUGUGCAAAAAAUGGUGUGUCAUACAGAGGGCAGUGGGACUGGGGCAAGAGGCACGGAAAGGGUGCAGUGUAUUAUAACCAGGAUAAGACCUCUUGGUACAAAGGAGACUGGGUAAAGAACAACAGAGAAGGCUGGGGAGUGAGACACUACCCCUCUGGUAACAUUUACUCCGGUGAGUGGAGGAACAACCUGAGACAUGGAGAGGGCACAAUGAGGUGGCUAAAACCAAGACAGCAGUAUGUUGGCAUGUGGCAGAAUGGAUUCCAGCAUGGACGAGGCACACACGUCUGGAGCCUGAGGCAAGCGAAUGGAUCCCAGUAUUCCCAGAGCAAUCGAUACACAGGCGAUUUUGUUCAGGGUCACAGGCACGGACAGGGAACCUUUUACUACGCCGGUGGUGCGAUCUACGAAGGAGAAUGGAGUAACAACAAAAGACAUGCCAAGGGAAAAUUCACUUUAAAGGAUGGAUGUGUCUUUGAAGGAGAGCUUGUGGACGAUCAGAUGAUGACACACAACCUUAAUGGUAACAGAGCUCCCAUUCCUCUGUGUGGACCAGACAUGGCUCUAAACAUUGAAUAUCUGCUGGAUGUAAUCCCUGAGAGUGAGCGGGACACUGAGCGUAAACAGGUGGAGUUUGCAGUGCUGAUGCAGGGCGCAGAGCUGAGGUCUGUCUACCGUUUCUACAGCAGGCUUGGCCAUGCCCACUCCUCAAAUAAGUUCUUCCUCCUGACCCACCUCCAGCUCUGGCGCCUGCUCAAGGACUGUAACAUUCACCAUCAUGACGUCACUCUGACACAGAUUGACCAUCUGAUCAGGGAGGAUGCCACUACAACAGAGACCCACUCUCCGUUUAUCCCCAUGCUUCUUCGUAGACUCCUCAGCUGUCUAGUGGUUGUGGCCUACCACAUCUACCAUAAGGACAUGGUGUCACAAAAAAACCUUCUGGCUGCCUGUUUUUCCAAACUGAUGACAGACAACAUUCUUCCAAAUGCUAAGAAUGUAAAAGGCUUCCUGUUUAGGCAGCCAGACUGUGCUGUGGUGGCUGUGAACUACUUGAAGAAGAGUUGGGAAAUCUAUCAGGUUUACUGCAAAGUCAGUGAUGCCCAUAGAGAUGACCAGACCAUGACCUGCCGACACCUGCUGUGGAUGUUCAAGGAUCUUCAUCUGCUGGACAAUAACCUGACAGCAGCGAGAUUACUGGGGAUCAUAACUGCAGAGAGCCGUGACCCCAGCAACCUUUCCUCCUGCCUGGAUCUGGAGAUGACAUUCCUGGAGUUUUUUGAGGUCCUUCUGGGCUCUGCUGAGGUGAAGUGUCAGCAGGUUUCUGAAGGCCUGGCGGAGGGCCAGGCGCUGUCCAGCCCCAACACCGGGGCCAGGAGGGAUGUACCUGAGGUGGAGGCCAGAGAGAAGAUUUUGCAGACCACAAACAGCACUUACCAGCUGACAGAGAAAUCAAGUGACACAGCAGAGUUAUCCACUGCUCAGGACACGGAGAGUCAACAUGUCAAGACUAGAGUCAGUGAAGAACCUCAGUCUGCAGGGCACACAGAAGACCAGAGAGAUGAUGGAAAGCGUGCCCAAACCAGAGGAGUCGAGGCCAAAGGCCAUGAACUGGAGCUUUGGAUCCAGACGAUCCAUCAAUUCUUCAACCAUUUUUUCUUUCCAGCUUUUGAACGUAAGCAGUUAGUUUCCAUAAACAUGAAAGAACAGAAGCUCCGUCAGGAGGCCCAGAGACGCAUCACGGUGACUGAGGCCCAACAAAGAGCCAGGUAG